AUGCUCCAUCGCCUGGUCUUAUUCAUUCUGCUCGUUGUUCUUGUCGCGACGGCGACUCCUACGGUACUGAUUUGAAUAUUCAACAGAAAUACUUUGGAUUGGUUGAAGGAAGAGCGCAAAUUCAAUUCAUCCGAUCUCGAAAUAUUAAGGAAGACCGCUAAUGAUAUCGCCGAGUUCACAGCUUUUGAUAUUAUCAGAAAAGUUUGUUUCAAGAAAGUAUAGAAACUUGAGAAACUGUCUGUUUCAGUUGUACGAGAUAAAUCCGGAGGUGGCCAAGCAGGUCUUGUUGGAGUUGGCUCCUCAAAACAAAUGA